CUGGCUUCACUCACAUGCUCAGAGAGGGAAGAGCUGUAGAGUCUUAGCAGCACAUGAAGAAGCUCUGUCUAUUUUAAACCACACCGGAUUGGACUCAGGAUAUUUGUAUAUCUCUUGUGGCGUGUGACAGAGUGUAUGUGCGUAGAAGAACCAGUGCUGAGUCUGACUUCCUUUGUUUUACCUUUUUUGUGUAGGAUUUUUAUCCAUCUGACUGUAGGUGAUCGUGUGUGUGUGACAGAGAGAGGGAGAGUGUGUGUUUGAGUGAGUCUGCAUGUGUGUGUGAGAGCAAAAGAGGACCAGGAUGAUUGCAGCCCAGCUACUAGCCUAUUACUUCACUGAACUCAAGGAUGAUCAGGUCAAAAAGAUCGAUAAGUACCUGUACUCCAUGCGUUUCUCUGAUGAGACGUUAAAGGAAAUCACACAGCGUUUUCGGAGGGAGCUGGUCAAAGGACUGGGGCGGGACACCAACCCCACUGCUGUGCUGAAGAUGCUACCAACAUUUGUGAGGUCAAUCCCUGAUGGCUCAGAGAAGGGAGACUUCAUUGCAUUGGAUUUGGGAGGCAGUAACUUCAGGAUCCUCCGCGUCAAAGUGAGCCAUGAGAAAAAACAGACUGUUCAGAUGGAGAGUCAGAUCUAUGAAACACCAGAGGACAUCAUUCACGGCAGUGGAACCAGACUGUUCGACCAUGUGGCAGAGUGUCUUGGGGACUUCAUGGAAAAACAAAACAUCAAAGACAAGAAACUCCCUGUUGGAUUUACCUUCUCAUUCCCCUGCCAGCAGAACAAACUAGAUGAGGGCGUUCUGAUGACAUGGACAAAGCGUUUCAAGGCCAGUGGAGUGGAGGGAAUGGAUGUUGUCACACUGCUCAACAAAGCCAUUAAGAAACGAGGAGACUAUGAUGCUGACAUCAUGGCAGUGGUAAAUGAUACUGUGGGAACGAUGAUGACCUGUGGUUUCGAUGACCAGCGCUGUGAAGUCGGCAUUAUCAUUGGUACGGGUACAAAUGCGUGCUACAUGGAGGAGCUGCGUCACAUCGACCUGGUGGAAGGAGACGAGGGCAGGAUGUGCGUGAACACUGAGUGGGGAGCUUUCGGAGAUGACGGCAGGCUGGAAGACAUCAGGACAGAGUUUGACAGAGAGAUAGACCGAGGCUCUCUGAAUCCCGGCAAACAGCUAUUUGAGAAAAUGGUCAGUGGUAUGUACAUGGGGGAGCUGGUUCGUCUCAUCCUGGUGAAGAUGGCCAGAGAAGGCUUCCUUUUCGAGGGACGGAUCACCCCUGAGCUGCUUACGAAGGGGAAGUUUGAGACCAAACACAUCUCAGCCAUAGAGAAGAGUAAGGAGGGGUUGUCCAAGGCCAGAGAGAUUUUAACCAGACUUGGUGUUGAGCCCUCAACCGACGACUGCAUUGCUGUGCAGCAUGUUUGUACUAUUGUGUCUUUCCGCUCUGCCAACCUGAUAGCUGCCACACUAUCAGGCAUCCUACUGAGGCUAAAGGAAAACAAAGGUGUGACACGACUCCGAACCACUGUAGGCAUCGAUGGAUCUCUAUACAAGAUGCACCCACAAUAUGCUCGUCGUCUUCAUAAGGCAGUCCGCCGUUUGGUUCCGGACACUGAUGUCCGAUUCCUCCUAUCAGAGAGCGGCAGUGGAAAAGGAGCAGCCAUGGUGACAGCUGUGGCCUAUCGACUCGCAGAACACUCACGAGAAAUUGCCCAAACGCUGUCCGAAUUUCGCCUGACGACCGAACAACUGCUGGAGGUAAAGAAGCGAAUGAGGAUAGAGAUCCAAAAUGGCCUUUCAAAGGACACACAGGACACUGCCACUGUCAAAAUGCUGCCAACCUUUGUCAACAGCACUCCUGAUGGCACAGAAAAUGGUGAUUUCCUGGCUUUGGAUUUAGGAGGAACCAACUUCAGAGUUCUGUUGGUUAAGAUUCGUUCUGGCAAGAGGAGAACAGUGGAGAUGCACAACAAGAUCUACGCCAUUCCUCUAGAAGUGAUGCAGGGCACAGGAGAGGAGUUGUUUGAUCACAUUGUGCAGUGUAUCAGUGACUUCCUGGACUACAUGGGGAUGAAGAACGCUCGCCUUCCUCUGGGUUUCACCUUCUCUUUCCCCUGUCGACAGACCAGCCUGGAUGCUGGCAUCCUGGUGACAUGGACAAAGGGAUUCAAGGCAACAGACUGUGAAGGAGAAGACGUGGUGGGUCUGUUGAGGGAGGCCAUUAAAAGGAGAGAGGAAUUUGACCUGGAUGUAGUGGCAGUAGUGAAUGAUACAGUGGGAACCAUGAUGACCUGUGCUUAUGAAGAGCCCACCUGUGAGAUAGGACUCAUUGCUGGCACAGGCAGUAACGCAUGUUACAUGGAGGAGAUGAGGAACAUCGAGAUGAUCGAAGGAGAUGAGGGACGGAUGUGUGUCAACAUGGAGUGGGGGGCUUUCGGAGACAAUGGAUGCCUUGAUGACAUUCGGACAGAGUACGACCGUGCUGUGGAUGACUUCUCCCUCAAUCCAGGCAAACAAAGAUAUGAGAAAAUGUGCAGCGGCAUGUAUCUUGGCGAAAUUGUGCGGAACAUCCUGAUAGACAUGACCAAGAGAGGAUUCCUGUUCAGAGGACAGAUUUCUGAAACACUGAAGACGAGAGGCAUCUUCGAAACAAAGUUCCUCUCGCAGAUAGAGAGUGACAGAUUGGCUUUGCUGCAAGUGAGAUCCAUCCUGCAACACUUAGGACUGGACAGCACCUGUGAUGACAGUAUCAUAGUCAAAGAGGUAUGUGGUGCAGUGUCACUCCGUGCCGCUCAGCUGUGUGGGGCAGGAAUGGCGGCUGUGGUCGAUAAGAUCAGAGAGAACCGAGGACUAGACCAUCUGGACAUCACUGUCGGGGUGGACGGGACGCUUUACAAACUACAUCCACAUUUCUCUGGGAUCAUGCACCAGACGGUAAAUAAACUGGCCCCUCAGUGUAACGUCAACUUCCUGCUGUCAGAGGACGGCAGUGGGAAAGGAGCUGCACUCAUCACAGCCGUGGGCUGCCGGCUGAGACAGGAGCUGAACAACAAAUAGAAAAUGUCUUUUAUGUCUCGCUGGUAUCUCCCUUCUUUUCUGUGUUUCCCCUCUCUCCUCCUUUCUGUUCUUCCCCCUUGUCUCCCCUGUCCUCCUGAAGCCAACCAGUCCAGUCAGCGCUCCUGUAGGUGCUUUAGUCAGUCUACAUGACAGAGAGAGGAGAUCUCUGCUGUGUUAGGUAGCAGAGAGUCAGGCCCUGUGUUGUAGUUAGAAAAUGUUUGAUUAACCAUUGUGACAAUACCCAGACUCUUAAGGUUUUUGUGUUUUCCGAGGUUAAACGUAUCUGUAGAGAUAAAAACGCACGCAUUCAGCUCCUGUAAAUAAUAUGCAGGGCAGAAACAAGAGUCCACACACUCCUGUAAUGCUCCCAUGAGCUGUGUAUCAUCGCCAUCUAUGGGACUCCUCUGAUAACUGCAGUCUGUUACAAUAUACCAAGUACAACAGUUGCAAGACAAAAAGCAUUGCAGAGAGAUGUUUAUCUUUGCAACAUUUUGAGUGGAUGCAGGGACAUAAAAACACUGUUUUAAACCAAAGUUUCCAAAGUGUGUCUGCUGUCUGCUGUAGGCGACUCACUGUCUCUACAACAAGAGGCAUGAGGUGAUAUAUAAAUGUGUAAUGAGAUGAAAGGGAAUAUUUUUGCUUUAAGAAUGUUGAUAUCUUACCCAGAUAUGAAACAAUAUGUUAUACAUACAUUGUUGCUAUUUAUUUUAUUUUUGUAUCAGACAAUGUUGGAAAAUAUUGCUGUUGCAAUAAUGAGGCACAUGGAAGUCCCCUUAGCCGGUACCUGUCCUGUAGUGUUUUUUUCAACCACGUCAGGGCAGAAAAGUGAUAAGAGCGGGAUUUUUACCUUGUUUGAUCUGCAGGAGAUGCUUGCUAAAUGUGCAGAUUUUAUGUAAUUUAUGACAGCAAUCCUAUUCUACUCCGAUGUGCUCUAUACUGUAAAAUAUGACCAAAGAGCACCUGUAUUUUACUAUUCUUUUAGUUUUCUUCCCAGCUGCUGCUAAGUUGUCGUCAAUGUCUUAAGAGGUGCUGACUACCCUCAUCAUCACAGUGAGACUUACCACUUACUCAGUAACAGCCAUGAAACAGGAAUGCGGUGCUAACAUAGAUGCCAGUGGAACAACAAUGGCCAAAUGACCUAUAAGAAAAAUAUUACAGUGACUGAAAGGGGAAUUUGAACAUUUUGGAAAUAAAGCUUCUCGCUAUACUUAUGCACUGUACUCCAUAUGCUCCUACAGACUCAGAAGGGUAAUUAAGUGAACUACUGUAUGUCUUAUUAAUAAUUCAAACCACAAAAAAAGUCAUUUCUUUUUGUCUGCAAUAAAAUCAAAUAAUGAUAUUAUUGCUAUUACUCAUUGAAAUUCAGGUGAAAUUGUCCACUUGCAUUUUUCUGAGACAUAUUUUAAUUGUAAAUCCUAGAAUAUAAGAGCACAAAUGCUUUUUAAAUAAUGGCACUGUAGCUAACAGGUCAUUCUGGUGCAUGGAUAAAUCAGUGAGAUGCUACAGCACAUUUAAAGUUUCAUUAACCACAGUUAAAGUUCUGGUUUGUGGUGACAGAUUAGCAUCAAUCCAAAACUGUUACAGUUAAGAAAUCUCAGCAAUGACAUUGCAGGCAAGUUGAAUGUCCAUUCCUACCUAUUACUCACACUGCCAGGAUAAAAAGGGCCAGGCUCUCCAGCAGGUCCUGAGCUGCCUUUAGAUGUUCCCAAAACUUGCAGAAAAGUCUGAAAACCAGCCCCACACCACACAGACACUUUAAUGUCUUUGCUUCUGUUCACAAAACCCAGACUGUAUCUGUCCAACACUGUCAAUCAAUCAGUCACUAAAUAAAGACAAACCUGUGUCUACUCAG